AUGUAUCUCACUUACAUCACCCUCUUCACCCUCCUCUCACUCGCCUCAGCCGCAGCACACAUCCCCCGCGACGGCACUCCCACCACCCUCACAGCCGCCGCAGCCAUCAAUGCCGUGGCUACCCCUUCCCCAAUCCAGCCCGGCAUGACCAGCAACUGUGACUCCUUCCACCUAGUAUCCAGCACCGACACCUGCGUCACCAUUGCCUCCAGCGCCGGUAUCACACUUGCCGACUUCUACUCGUGGAAUCCGGGUGUUGGCUCCGGCUGCGACACUCUCUGGCUGGGGUACUAUGUCUGUACCGGAGUGAGUGACACUACCACCACUACAACCACAUCUACGACUACCACCUCCACCACCACGAGUGUUACCACCCCAUUGCCCACUCAAUCGGGGAUGGUGAGUAACUGCGAUGCCUUCUAUCUGGUUGCCUCUGGGGAUACCUGUACGACAGUGGCGCAGAAGAAGAGUGUGUCAGUGACGGAUAUUAUCGCUUGGAACCCGGCAGUGGGGACGGGUUGUACUAAUUUGUGGUUGGGAUAUUACAUCUGUGUGGGGGUGUUGUAA